CCAGAGGGCAGUAUGGUUACGGCUAUGUCAACAGCCCUACUACGUCAUCACAACGCGUCAACAAAAUAUUUCACACUCUGUUUCCUAUUUCAGACAGAAGAUUACGUCAGACAACCUCUUCAACGAGAUCCAGACGUUCUUCUGAUAACCUGCAUGUUGUGACGUCUGAGCUAUGUUGUCAAAAGUGGAGGAAAGGAAGUCAAAGAAAGGUGGGGGAGGAAAGAAGAGGAAACAUCCUGGUGAUGAUGGGGAAGAAGGAGAAAGAAAGAAGAGGGGAGGUGAAGAAGGAGGAAAGGGCUGCAGAGAUGGUGGCAAGAAGCGCCUGGAUGCUCUGAGUGUGGGCUAUUUCCGCAGAGUUGGGGAAAGACUCAGUGAAGGCUUUGAAGAUAAUGAGGAAAGAGAGAUGUUUGUGGAGAAUGUCCUCUCAGAAGUGAAAGGCAAAGCGACCCUGGUGGCGACGGACCAGACCGGAAGCAUCACUCUGCAGCAGCUGCUUCCACUGGUGGGGGAGGUGCUGGCUGAAUUGGGUGGAAACUCCGGCUCAGAGUUUAAGACAGUUUCUUGUGACCGGUGUGGUGGCCAUGUAGUGGAGACCGCAGUCAGGCAGGCGUCCAGGUGGAUGGAGUUGUCACAGAAUGAGCCAUCUGCAACCAGAGAAGAAGAUGAGGAGGAGAGCUGUGGAGUGCUGGAGGCCCAGGUGUUGUCUUUAAGUCAGGUUGUCAGAGACAACAUUGCAGAGUUCAUCAAACACGCUCACGGCUCCCAUGUGGUCCGCACACUCUUAAAUGUGUUGGCAGGCUGUCUUGGACCACCACGCACCAAGGCUCAUCCAGGUGCAAAAGAGCGCAGUGUUGCUCCUCAGCUGACAGACUUUGAGAUUCCCACAUCAUUUUGGUACGAGCUGAAAAGCCUUACAGAGACCUUGAUGGAGAAUGUUAACUUGAGUGUGACAGAUGCUGCUGCCAGUGCAGUGUUCCAGACCAUGUUGACUGUGUGUCACAGAAAGCGGCCCAAGCUCUGCAAACAACUCCUCAAAGGCAUCAUGGAGUAUCUAACAAGUCGUGGCGCUGCUCCAGGACUUAGUCCCCUUCUGGUCUUUCUAAAGGACCAGGCCUCCAGUCACCUUAUUGAGAUGAUCAUACAGCUAUCCCACAAGCCCCUCCUCUGCAACCUGUACAAGAACCAUCUCAGAGGUCACCUGGUUGACUUAGCCCUCCACCCAAUCGCCAACUUCCCCAUACAGAGGCUGACUGCUGCCUUGGCCAAAUAUAAACUGUUUCUGAGGUUAUUUGAUGAGCUGGUCCAAGGUGUGGAGGCUAUUUUGGCUGCAGGUCACAUGGGGGUGGUUGUCCAACUGGCAGAGAGCUGUGCAGAAAGUGGAGAGAGACAGGAGGAGUUGAUGCAGUGCCUCCUGCAUGCGUUCCACUGCGCUAAGCCUGGUUCCCGACAAAUGAGCUGCCUCCCUCUCUUCAUGUCCCUGCUCGCCUUUGAGGUGUACUACCACUCUGACACAGCAGAGGGCGACACGCAGACAGAGGUCCCGCUGUCCUCCAUCUGUUACCAUGGCUCCCGGCUGGUCCAGGCACUGGCCAGGUUCAAGGAGCACUCUGUCCUCCUCAGCAGCCUGCGCACUCUGAGCCCCGCUGACCUCCUGACGCUGGCUUCUGACCCUGCGGGGAGCCACGUCCUCCAGGCCCUCAUCACCACAUCCAGCAACAAGGGCAGGGGCAAGAUCCUCAAGAGACUGGAGGGUCAAUAUGUUCAAAUGGCCUGCUCCCGAUUAGGCAGUCGGGUGUUGGAAGCCAUAUGGAACAGUGCCUCAGUCAGUCAGAGGCAAAGCAUUGCACAGGAACUAGUUGCAAGUGAGAGCCAGCUGAGGUCUGAUCAGUUUGCUCGCCACGUGUGGGCCAAAUUUGCUCUCUCCCACUUUGUACAUAGAAGAGCCCACUGGCAGGAAAUACAGACCGGCGAGUCCAGGAAGCGGAAGAUUUUCAGUGACAUUCUUGAAUGAAAGCAACAUAUUUCUAUAAUCUUUUAUUGUUAUUUGCUAC